AACUGGGAAAAUGUAGCAAAAGCCUGAGUGUGCCAUGUGCUAUGUGUUUGAAAUUCACAUUAAUCAGAGGAAAACAAAAAGUGCAUAGCCCAAGAUUGGAGUGAAUAUCAAACCUGUUCGCACUGUGGAACUACUUCAGUAGAAGGAAACAUAUGCUGUGGAACUACUCAGAGAAGGAAACAUAGCUGUAUGUUUUAGGAUGUAUUAUGUUACUUUGGGGGGGAGUUUCGAUGAAUGCAUAAAAUGAGCAUGAAUAGCAAUUGAACAUAGGCAAUUACGCACAAUAACAUUUCUGCGAUGAUAAAGCGCAUCAAGGGCGACGUUAUAUGCGCGACGUUUUGGGCACGCUAAAUAGUGUGCAUGCAAAUGGAGAUAACUAUGACAUUUGUGAUGUGAAAACCUUUGGAUGAGGGUGGGGGGAUCCAGCAGCCCAAAACACUGACUGAAUGGUAUUUCCUUGGUGACGUAGAAAACCAGGAAGUCGAUGGAAAGUAGCUGCAAACUGUCUAAAUAGUUGGAAUAAUGAGUCGGAUAUAUCACAACACAUCACUACAGAACAAACCUGUGCACAAUGAGAAAAUUGGAAAUGUAUGGAAUCCCUCCUCUUUUCAAAGUGGUCGAGGUGUUAUACUGGAGGGACAACUCGUUGAUGUAUCACGCCACGUAAUCACAGACGCUCAAAGUAAAAAGGAUCGGUAUAAUGUUUUAUACAUCAAACCUAGUCGAAUCCACAGGAGAAGGUUUGAUGCAAAAGGAGAUGAGAUUGAGCCCAACUUCAGCGAUACCAAGAAAGUCAACACAGGCUACCUCAUGUCUUCCUACAAAGUGGAGGCCAAAGGAGAAACAGACUGUCUGUCUGAGGAGCAUCUGAAUGACAUUGUCAACAAACCAGAGCUGGUGAGAAUCACUGAAAAGCAUUGCCCCAGUCAGGCUUAUGCUUUCUGGAUACCCGAGGCAGAGGCGGAGAAAACAGAAAUGGAAAUGGGCCAGGAGAUCCGUCUAAAAACCAAAGGAGACGGUCCGUUUAUCUUUUCCUUUGCCAAGAUAAAUGGGGGCACCGUUACCAAGUGCAACUUUGCUGGAGACGAGACAGCUGGGGCCUCGUGGACGGAUAAAAUCAUGGCCAACAAAGCCGGCGGAGAGGGUGUGGCAAAACCCGGAGGACAGGGAGACGGGGCGGACGACGAGGAGUGGGAGGACUGAGAUGAACAAACAUGCUAAGAAGUCAUAUGACAACAGCGAAACAAACAUGGAACUAAAAUACUGAAGUGCUAUUGUUAUGUUACCUGAAUAUUUUUAAGAAAUAAAAGAAUGUCGUUGUUUUGCUAUGUA